AUGUCAAACCUGAGGGUUCUCGUCGUGGGGGCAUCCAUCGCAGGACCAACGGCAGCCUACUGGCUCGCCAAAGCCGGCGCAAAGGUCACAAUUAUCGAGCGCUUUUCACAGAUACGCCCAAAUGGCCAAAAUAUUGAUAUUCGGACAUCUGGCGUCUCUGUAAUGCGGAAGAUGCCCGGGAUGGAAGAGGCAGUACGAGCAAAUACCCUGCCUGUCGAGGGCAUCAGCCUCGUCCGCGAGAACGGCACGCCCUACGGAACCAUCGCGCCUACAGGGGAUGCUAAUCAACAGUCUCUCAUAUCUGAGUAUGAGAUUCUCCGUGGUGACCUAGCACGCAUUCUCUUCGACCUUACAAAGACCCACAAGAACAUCAAGUAUGUUUUCGGCGAACAAGUCUCCUCUAUACAGCAAGAUGAACGGAGUAACGGGCCUGCUACGGUCGAGUUUAUGAACGGAUAUCCAGCCACGGAAUACGAUCUAGUUGUGGCCUGUGAUGGCGCCACAUCACGAACUCGCGCUAUGGGCCUUGGUUGUGGUAUCCGGGACUAUAUACACUCACUAAACUCCUGGGUAGUCUUUUUCUCCAUAAAGAAGGACUUGCUCAAUGGGGGCCAAAUAGGAGAGGCAUACAGUGCCCCUGGAGGCCGCUUUAUCUGCAUGGGAUCCGACUCAUCUGGCAUAACCCGCGUUGCAAUGAUGGGUAUCAACCCACGCAACGCCCACGAAGCCGCAAAACCAUUCCGUGAAGCCAACAAACUAGGAGCCGAUGCCCUCAAAGAAUACAUGGCCCAGUACUUCCGUGGAGCGGGCUGGAAGUGCGACGAGGUCAUAAAGGGCAUGCUGGAUGCGGAUGACUUUUACGGGAGCGAGAUGGUCCAGGUCAAGCCGCCGGCUCUGCUUAACGGGCGGUUUGUGCUGGUUGGCGAUGCAGGAUAUGCAUCCGGUCCCACUGGUACGGGCACCAGUCUCGCCCUUACCGGUGCGUACAUAUUAGCCGGUGAGAUCUGCAAGAACGGGAGAGAUGUACCGGAAGCUCUGAAGGGCUACGAGGAGCAGAUGCAGCCUUUCAUUAACGAGAUGCAAAAGAUUCCACCUUUUAUACCGGGGAUACUGGCGCCUCAGACGGCCUGGGGUUUAUGGCUCCGAAACGCUUUUUUUGCAUUUAUAUGCUGGAGCAGGAUACCGGCGCUCUUUCAAAAAUUCUUCGGCGCGUCUUCUGCCCAUUCGGAUGAUUAUAAAGUGCCGGACUACGAAUGGACGGAGUAG